AUGGCACGAAAACCCUCCUUCAUGACCUCAUGGUCCACCGCGUUACUCUUCUCCCUUGUCAUCCCUAAUACAAUCUCUCCAGUUUCUGCAACUUCAAGUGCUGCAUAUGUUCAAGGGACCAAUUCUGCAGGAGAGACAAUUCAACUACUUGAUAGUAGAACACCGGCGUUGUUCACAGGGAAUUUUGGGGAUUGCAUGGAUGGACAGAGUUUAAUCAAUGUUACGACCUUUGACGCGGCUUAUUACGCCGAUAAUAUGACGGUUUUGUUCCAUCUCGCUGGUAACACGAAUUUACAGAACGAGUCGGUAAUGAUACAUAUUGGUGUGCAAGCUUAUGGAGAGGAUCGAUUCGAUUUAACCUUCAAUCCAUGUAAUGCAAACUUCGCAAGUCUAUGUCCCAUGAAUAGCAGCAAACCAAUCAAUGGCGAAGCUAUCAUUCCUGUAUCUGCAUCCGAUGUCUCUGGAAUUCCUAAUAUAGCCUUAGUGAUUCCAGAUUUUGAAGGAUCCGCCACUCUGCGGGUAUUCUCGAAUAGUACACAAACGGAGAUUGCUUGUUUUCAAGCAGUCAUGAGGAACGGAGCAUCAUUUUCCCACCCAGCCGCUGUCGGCUCAGUUCUAGGAGUAUUUACAGCAGUUGCUGUAUUCUCUUCGUUUGUCACGGCGAUAUACGGAGUUAGUGUACCGCAUAUUCGAACUCACUACGCCCACUCAUUGUCAGUCCUGGUGGUAUUCGAAGUUUUUCAAUCAAUCUUUUUCUCUAGCGCUUUGUCAGUGGAUUGGCCAAGUGUUUUGCCAGCAUUUUGGAGUAAUUUUGCUUGGUCGGCAGGUUUGAUUUAUACCCCAUCUAUGAUCAAGUCAGUCAACAGCUUCACUGGUGUAUCGGGAAACUCAAGCCAAGUUGGUGGUGCUGGGUCUUCUACUAUCAAUAACAAUGGUGGAUUACAACAACAAAUCUACGGACGUUCUUUGAAAAAGUUGCAAGAGUAUAGCCAUUGGUCCAAAAUGGCAAGAGGAAAUGGGAUGGUGAAGAGAAUGGGAUCGUUGACAAAACGUGCGGUCAGCGACAAUUCUACUAAAGGAUAUAACUGGAACGGAAAUCCAGUUGGAGCUGGAUUACCAUUGCCUGGAACUUGGUCCAAUUUCACAGGAAUACUCGCCAAUAUUGAUAUCCCGGCAGAUGAUGCUUUCUUGGUUGGGUUCUUAUGGUAUCUAAUCUUGAUUGUUAUUCUUGUUGCCGCUGCAAUCACCUUUACGUUUAUUUUGGAAGCAUUUAGCAGGAUGAGAUGGCUAAAGGAGGAUCGACUUGCAUUUUUCAGGAACAACUUUAUGAAAUUCAUCGGACUCAUCGUUCUUCGAUCAAUGCUUAUUGCAUUCUUCAUGAUAAUGACCUUGUCGCUAUACCAAUUCUCUUAUGGGGGAACAACAGGUAUCAUCGCAAUUGCAGCCAUCGUCUUCAUAAUAUUUUUCUCCGGAAUUCUAGCGUUUAGCUUCUACGCUUGCUAUUUCAGGCUGAGAUUCGGCAACUACGCCUCGUCUCCUGAUCGAAUACACUUUCGACGCAAGAAAGUCAUGAAGUUUCUCCCAUGGUAUGGGGCUGUUAGGGAGAGUAGCAUGGAAGAGGGCGAUAAAGCAAAAGCUUCCGGGUCCGUAUCAUUCUUCCGCGUGCACUACAUCGACCAAGACAAGGAGAGGCAGAGUGUGCAUCAGGAUGAUGAAUAUACUAAACGGUUUGGUUGGCUUUCGGCUCGAUACAGAAGAACUCGUUGGUGGUUCUUCUCAUUUUGGGUUGCAUAUCAAUUUGUCAGAGCUUGUUUCGUUGGUGGUGCUCGGGAUAAUCCGGCUGCCCAGGUUUUUGGAAACCUCGUCGUUGAGAUCGUUGCUUUCAUUGCCAUAAUAUGGCUCAACCCUUUUGAGGGUGCCCGUAAUACAGCCUUGGCAGUAUACAUGCUUGGUAUUAGUAAGGUUGCUACUGCAGGUCUAUCGGUCGCAUUCCUACCACGAUAUAAUGUUGCACGCAUUCCGACCACGGUUAUAGGUGUCAUCAUAAUCGUCAUCCAAGGUUUCUUGACUAUUGGUUUACUGAUACUUAUCAUUCUCGGGGCUAUUUCGAGCUACAUGUCAGUCAUGCGUGACCGCGAGGACUUCAAGCCACGCAACCUACAAACUAUUCGCACGAGAUAUUUCGAUCAUUUGGAACUAAAGGCUGUAGAUCUUCCACCUCCACCACCCCCGGAGCCCGAAGAGCCAAAGGAACCAUACUUUAGCGUUACCCAGGUUCGUCGAGCCCCCAAGAUCGAAGAUGAGGAUGUUGUGCCGGAGAUGCCGGAGUUGAGAGGAAAUCGAGAUCCGAACACAUCACAACACUCGUUACCUAUGGCUGGUCGAAGCAGAGCCGCUAGUAUGCGCAGCCAACAUUCAGGCUAUGGGAGUGUUCCAUAUGGAGCUCGAGUUCAUCGAGCAAGCUGGAGUUCCAAGGACUUUCAAAGCUGGCAACAGGAUGAAACCAUUCGAGGCGAUUCUCCAUUCAACACACCAUCGAGACAACCGAGCGCGCAACAUACCGCUAAUAAUUCCAUCUCUAUGGCGCCACUAGUGCGUCCGAAGAUGUCGCAAACGAGCUUAAGGGCCAAUACACCUAAAAAAGAGAAGACGGUCCAAUAUGCGGAUCAAAGAGUGGGCAAUGCAAGCUAA